GAGCAGUGUACAGGGCGAGAGUUCUCGAUCGGAGCGUCAGUCAAACGGGGAACGUCGCGUGAAACGGAUGCGGAAUAAAACGUCUCAGCUGGAAAGUGAAACUGUUUUAAGAAAUGUGCUGGUAAUAAAGUGUUAUAAAGAUAAAACUACUUAACGCCAGAUAAAUUUUAGUGCCGCAAUAACUAGUGAUAUAUCAUUAGAACAGUGACCUGGUGAACUUGCUUUUAAGAUGUGAUUGAAAGAAAACGGUAUCGUGGAUCAGAAAAAAGUCGUAUCAAGGCGUUGGUUUUUUGGAGGUACUAAAUCGAUAAAAUAACAUCGUCGCUCCACUGUUAAAAAGUUGAUUGAACCAGUUUCAUACCAGCAGCACUCAAAAUGACAAACAAAAACUAUCCUCAAUGCAACGGGUCGCAACAGCAAUCGGCGAAUCUCAAAAACGGCAUCAGUAACGAUGCGAUGUCCUUAUCCAGCUACAAGGGCUCCAAGGAUAUUCUGAACGUAAAAUUCAGCAAACCAUCGGAGAAAGCUCUCGGUGCCGCCAGCAGUAGCAAACCGGUCUCGUACUUCAAACUGUUCCGAUUCGCAACAUGGGGUGAAAUAAGUGCCACUAUUGUCGGAAUAUUGCUGGCCUCGGUCGCUUCACUCGGGCUGCCAUAUGGUGUCAUUCUGUACGGGGAGUUCACAACGCUGCUGGUAGAUCGAACCAUCGGAAUAGGAAAAUCCACCGACACGUCCAUACUGUCACUAUUCGGCGGUGGAAAGAUAUUAGUUAACGCCAGCAUAGAGGAAAACCAGGAUGCAAUUCUGGAGGAUGCGAAAGCUUUUGGUUUGGGCGCAAUUUUUGUGUCCGUAGUGCAGUUCCUAGCUGGCGCACUUAGUGUGGAUGUGAUUAACCGGUCCGCUAACCGGCAGAUCAGUCGAAUACGGCAGCUGUUCCUCAAGGCUGUCCUCCGGCAGGACAUGACCUGGUAUGAUCUGAACAGUGAUGACAACUUUGCGGUUCGCAUUACUGAUGAUCUGGACAAACUGAAGGAAGGCAUUGGAGAGAAGCUUUCCAUAUUCACGUAUUUAGUGAUGUCUUUCGUUAUAUCUGUGAUAUUUUCAUUUUUUUAUGGUUGGAAACUGACUUUAGUAAUAUUGAGCUGUGCACCCAUUAUUAUUCUGGCAACUGCUAUUGUGGCCAAGAUGCAAAGCACAUUAACCGAAAAAGAGUUAAAGGCAUAUUCGUCGGCGGGCGCAAUUGCUGAAGAAGUGCUAGGAAGCAUCCGGACAGUGGUUGCUUUCGGAGGUGAACGGAAGGAAUUGGAGCGAUACAAAAGUCGACUUUCAUCGGCAGAGGACAAUGGCCGUAAAAAGGGACUUUUCUCUGGCAUAGGAGGGGGUAUCAUGUGGUUCAUCAUCUAUUGCUGCUACGCACUGGCGUUCUGGUAUGGAAUCAGUUUAAUUCUGGAAGAUCGUGGAAAAGAUGUGAAGGAUUACACACCGGCUGUACUAAUUAUUGUACUGUUUGGCGUGUUGGCCGGAGCUCAGAAUCUCGGGUUGUCGUCUCCUCAUCUGGAAGCGUUCUCAACGGCGAAGGGCUCUGCGACAUCGAUAUUCUCUGUUAUUGAUAGAAUACCGACUAUAGAUUCGUUGGGUGAUGGCGGUCUACGGCCACUCUCUUUUAGUGGAAAUAUUAAAUUUACGGAUGUGCGUUUUCGAUAUCCUGCGAGAAGUGAUGUGCAGGUAUUGCAAGGUUUGGACUUGACUAUAGAGGCUGGAAAGACUGUUGCAUUGGUGGGUCCAUCUGGAUGUGGAAAGUCUACAUGCUUGCAGCUAAUCCAGAGGCUCUACGAUCCUCUACAUGGAUGCGUGACCAUCGAUGGAGUCAAGAUCAACGAAUUAAAUAUUAGCUGGCUGCGGUCUUACAUAGGAGUUGUUGGACAGGAGCCGGUCCUAUUUGGUACCAGUAUAGCGGAAAAUAUUCGCUACGGUAACCCGGAAGCGAGCCAAAGCGAUAUUGAAGCUGCUGCCAGAAUAGCGAAUUGCCAUAGUUUCAUUACUAAACUGCCUAAUGGAUACCACACGAUGAUUGGCGAGCGCGGCGCUCAAAUGUCCGGUGGUCAAAAACAACGAAUUGCCAUAGCACGGGCUUUGGUUCGUAAUCCCAAAAUACUUCUACUGGAUGAGGCAACCUCUGCUUUGGAUCCAAAUUCGGAGAAACGUGUUCAGGAUGCUCUAGAAAAGGCCAGCCGAGGCCGUACAACUCUAGUAGUAUCCCAUCGACUGUCGACAAUAACCAACGCUGAUAAGAUUGUAUAUAUUGACAAAGGUGUAGUAGCCGAGCAGGGAACACACGAACAACUCAUGGCCAAAGGCGGCCUGUAUUAUAACUUGGUAAUCGCCAGUGGCGCACUUAAGCAGGAGGAUGACGAAAAAGCAACUGUUGCCAAUGAACCAAAUCCAGCGGGACCGAAAAGUGAAUCUGCCUUUGAUGAAGACUGCUCAGAUGAUGAGUCCGAUGGAAGUAAAUCGGGAGAAGCGGUUGAAGAUGACAAUGAAGAUGCAUAUCCGGUAUCUGUGAUGCGACUGUUGAAACUCAAUGCUGCCGAAUGGCCAUACAUCCUGUUCGGUUGUGGUGCUGCAAUGGUGGUAGGGGCAUCGUUUCCACUAUUUGCUGUUCUUUUCGGCGAAAUGUACGGGAUCUUAUCGGUUGCUGAUCCGGAAUAUGUAAAAGCCGAAUGCAAUUUCUACUCACUGCUUUUCUUGCUGCUCGGUGUUAUCACAGGCAUUGGUACUUUCUUCCAAACUUUCCUGUUCAACAUUGCCGGUGCACGUUUGACGACACGCCUGCGUCAAAAGUCCUUCAAGGCUAUAAUCAGUCAGGAGAUGGCAUGGUUUGAUGAAUCAAAUAACGCCGUCGGGGCUCUUUGUGCGCGUCUUUCUGGAGACUGUGCUAGUGUUCAGGGUGCAACGGGAACAAGAAUUGGGUCCCUUCUGCAGGCCGCAUCUACGAUUUGCAUUGGUGUAGGAAUCGCUUUCUAUUAUUCGUGGAAUUUAACGCUAGUUUCGAUCGUUGCAAUACCAAUAGUAUUAGGUUCAAUCAUGCUGGAAUCACGAUACAUGGAAUCCAGUGCAUUGAAAGAGAAACAAUCACUCGAAAGUGCCAUAAAGUUGGCAACCGAAGCAAUUUCCAAUAUUCGAACGGUAGCUAGUCUGAGUCAGGAGCCACAUGUACUAGAUCGGUAUGAAAAAGAAAUCGUAAAAGUAGACAUUGCCUGCAAGAAAAAGACCAGACUUCGUGGUACGGUAUUUGCUCUCGGUCAAAUCAUGCCCUUCAUGGGCUACGGCCUAGCCUUGUCUUAUGGAGGGAAGCUGGUAUCCGAAGGAGAACUUUUGUAUAAAGAUGUGAUAAAAGUAUCCGAGGCUCUCAUUUUCGGUGCUUGGAUGUUGGGUCAAGCAUUAGCUUAUGCGCCUAACGUCAACUCGGCUAUGCUGUCAGCCGGCCGUUUGAUGAAACUACUUGAUCGUACUCCGAAAAUGUACAAUCCAUCCAGUUCCUAUCGUCCAAUUAGUCAAAAACAUGAGGGUAACAUAAAUUAUUCCAAUGUUGAAUUCCGGUAUCCUACAAGACCUACAGCUCCCAUACUGCAAGGACUCAAUUUGAAAAUCAAAAAAGGAACUACAGUUGCCCUAGUCGGACCUUCAGGCUGUGGUAAAUCAACCUGUAUCCAAAUGUUACUUCGUUAUUAUGAUCCGGAUAACGGUAGAGUGGAUAUCGAUGGAAUCUCAACGACGGAUUUCCAGCUGAGUCGCAUUCGGGCACAGAUGGGUCUAGUAUCGCAGGAACCAGUCUUGUUCGAUCGAACGAUAGCAGAAAACAUUGCGUACGGUGACAACAGCCGUGACAUCCCAAUGCCGGAGAUCAUCGACGCUGCCAAAAUGGCUAACAUCCACGAAUUCAUUGUGAACCUUCCGAAAGGUUACGAAACCAGUUUGGGCACAAAGGGAGCCCAACUGUCCGGUGGUCAGAAGCAGCGUAUCGCCAUUGCACGAGCGUUAGUUCGUAAUCCGCGUAUUCUGCUGCUAGAUGAAGCAACGUCCGCUCUGGAUAAUCAGAGCGAAAAGAUCGUUCAAAAUGCCCUAGAUCACGCCCGUAAAGGACGAACCUGCAUCAUUAUCGCCCAUCGCUUAACAACGAUUCAGAACGCGGAUGUAAUCUGUGUAAUCCAGAACGGUGUCGUGGUGGAAAGUGGUACUCACGACGAAUUAAUGGUGCUUAACAGAAUUUACGCGAAGCUGUAUACGAUGCAGCAAGUGGCUUAAAGUGCUCUUACGUGCUCACGUGCUUUGUGUUUAACAUAUCAUUUCUAUUUAUCGAUGAAAUCCGAAGACUUAAUGUGCCGCAGAGAAUGUACGUUUCAGUACAUUCAGUAAUGACAGGUUUUGGACGCGUCUCAGUGAUAGGAAAUCGAGUGGAGUUCGUGCGUAGGUUUAAUUUAGAAGUGAUAAUAAAACCGCCUCUUAACUUGUAGCCUUAUAUGUAAGUUUGUGUUUGUACAUAAUCGAUUAGACAAAUCAAACCAUGAAUCUUAAUAAUGCAUACUUCACUGUUGCCUAUAUUACUCACCGUUCUUACUAUAGCGAUUAGAAUUGCACGAUCUAUUUAACGAAUUUUAAAAUCUCGCUGUUAUCUUGAAAAGAAACUCAAUUUUUAAUUAGCGUUGAAUGUUGAAGCUUGUUUUGACGGUGUAUCGGAAUGUAAAUUAAAUAUUUUUGCUAUUAUUUACAAGAAAAUCUAGUUUGUUAUUACUUGAA